UGAAGAUUACCUGUACAUCAUGGCAAAAUUGAGAAGGUUUCUUGUGGAAGUCCUUGCAUUCAUACUUUGUCUCUUAAUCGGCGCUGCCGUGUUUCAUGCCAUAGAAUACAAAAACGAUGAACCUGUUGGACAUUCACGGCCAAACAGCAGUGAGAUAUUGGACAGUGUUGUGAGGAAUAUUAGCCUUAAAUACAAUAUAUCUGCCCGGGAUAUGAAUCACACAGUUAAACAACUACGCAGAAGAUUAUGGAAAAAUGAGAAUAAGAAUUGGGAUGUCUGGGAUUUUACUGGAUGUUAUUUUUUCGCAGGAACAGUUGCUUUUACAAUCGGAUUUGGCCAUCAAACACCAACCACAACCUUGGGUCAGUUAAUGGUGAUAAUUUAUGCAAUGUUUGCCAUUCCCAUUACAGGACUAAUGCUCUCAGCAUGUGGUGAACGAAUGGCUGUACAUCAGCGAAAGGCUGUCAUAUUUAUCGAGAAGAGAAUUUUGAAAAGGGAACUUAAAAAUUUACACGGCAAAACGAUAGCAAUGAACAUUUUUGUCCUAAUGUUGUUUUUCAUUAUAGGAAGCAUUAUGACUAAAUAUUAUUACGAUGGAUGGUCGAUAAUUGAAGGUGUAUAUUUCCUAUGGAUAUGCAUGUCGACUGUUGGUUUUGGGGAUUAUAUUAUUAACGACGGCAAACCUUACUACGAAGACGAUGUGGGACGGACAAUUAUGUUAAGAUUUAACGUGAUAGGUUUGAUCAUCGGACUCUGUCAAGUAUCUUGUAUUUUGGUGUCCAUUCAAAACGCGUUGGAGAAGAAAUUUGUAGAGAGAGUUGGAGACGAGACUGGUGAGACUGCAAUGGAAGGUGUGAAUGGCAGCGGACGAGGUGAAAAUAUUGGUCAAAAAAAUGAAGGUUGUGCGUUGGAAGUAGUUGAAAAUGAACAGAACAAGACAGUAUCUGGAAUUUCUUUGAACACAUUAUGACACAUGAAAUUCUGACGUUAUAU